CGAGGUCUCGAAAGCUCCUUUCGCCCGAGCCCCGAGCGCAGCACUUUCCCCGCUCUCUCGCUUCCAACCGCAUUGCGUGGAUCGGCAACUCCGGACCGCUUUCUUUGGGUGCUCAACGGCCGUUUCCCGCUUUCGCCUUUCCUCCACCCGGGAGCGCACAGAGACGGCAACCUCCGCCCGGUCGCCGCCGCCGCCGCCGAGGACCGGGUCCCUUCUUGACAUGGCCAUGGGAGCCAAACUUCUUCUGGCGCUUUGCACCGUCGCUUCCCUGCUGCAUGGAGCCACCACGGCAAGACUUCCUCAAAUGCAGGAUCCAAAGGUCACUGCCCCCAUGAUUCCAGAUGAUGACACCGACCAGUUCUAUACUUACGAGAACCACGAGUGCAAGAAAUGUCCACCAGGAACUUUCGUCCUUAAGCCUUGUACUGUCCCCAGAACGGAAGGGACUUGUCAACCCUGUGAGAACAACACAUUUUACAAGCUGGCAAAUUCCUUUGGCUCCUGCUUUGGUUGCAGAGUCUGCAGGAUUUUAGAUGAGGUAGAAAUAAAAAAGUGUACUGCAACCACCAAUACCAAGUGUGCUUGCAUGAAUGGUACCUUCUGCCUACCUGACCAGCCAUGUGAAACUUGCAUUAAAUGUAUGACAAGCUGUGGUCCUGGAGAAAGAAAGGUAAAGGAUUGCAUGCCUACAAGUGACAUCCAAUGUCUUCCUGAUGCUACCUCAUCAUCUCCAACAAGUUCCCCUGGAGCAGGAGAUCAUGGAUUGGCCUGGCUUUCUGUGAUUGCUGUGGUUGUUGUGCUUGCUGUGGUGUUGGUUCUGGGCGUGAUAUUCUGUAGGAAAAGAACCACAACCUUUAGAAAUGCUUGCGCAGGUUUCUGGAGCCUCAAGAAGAGGUCCAGUCCAGAGCCAAGCGAAGAACGCGACAACAUGUUGAACAUGCAGAGGAACCAGAGAUCCGAAAUACUCCCGCCAAGGGGUAGCACUGCCAACGGACAAGCACUGGAAAGAAUGACGCCAUUAACAGUUUCCUCUCCAUCGGAGGUAGGUCGAGGACAUGCAGCAAUGAAGAAAUUAGUUCCUGUAAAUGGCAGGAACCCAACAGAAACUCUGAGUCGAUCUUUUGACACCUUCAUCAACAAGGUGCCCCCCAAGGACUGGAAGAGGUUCAUGAGGCUCCUCAAGUUGACCGACAAUGAAAUUGACUCAGCAGAAAAAUCUUCACAAUAUGGGAAUGAGCAGCAUUAUCAAAUGCUAAGGACCUGGCUGGACAAGAACGGCCAGGCAGCCACCUUGAGUGUCCUUCUGGACGUGCUCAGUAGCAUGGACUUAAAGGGUAUUGCGGAAGAAGUCACAUCGGCUCUCAUCGCUCAACAUUUCUAUGUGUACGAAGAGUAGGUUCUUGGUUCCUUCUUGACCAUCUGGAAAAAUGAGAAGGAGUGGCUAGCUUCUUCUCACCAAGACAUACAUUGUUUACAUUUUAAACCAAGCCAGCGCUGCCUUUCCCCAAGAAGGUGUGUUUUUUUUAAUUUAAAUAUUGGUAGCUAGGACUGUGCUGGACCUUAGACUCCAAGUCAAAAUAUGCUUUCAGAGUAGAUGUGGAUUAUGGCAGCCACAAUCGUUUCCCUGUCCUUACAGAAAUUGUGUCCUUUGACAAACUUUGCCAGGUCACCAUUUAAUCUCAGGAAAAUACACCCCUGGAGUUAAGGAGGUGCCAAGCCGUGGCUUAGAUUUUGGGCUUUGGGCUCACUUGACGCUUCCUUUCUUUAUUCAACCUGGGUUUUCUAAGGAUGCAUAACUGCUCUUUAAGCCCCACCCAC